UUUCUGGAGACAUCCUGUAGGGGGCGGUAAAGAACAGGCAGGUUUCAUGCACUCUACCAAAGUAGUAGUAGAAGAAGAAGAAUGAGUCUGAAGUGGGAUAAAACUUCGUCAACAAGCCGCCAGUGAGUCGCCUCAGCCCGCGACUCUUUCUUUUAUCUUCGCACCGGCGGGAGCCGUUCCAUCGUAGCUCAUUUUGCGCAGAAGCGGAGCUCCCGAGAUGCCGCUGCUCCACAGGAAAGCCUUCAUCCGACAGAAGCCUCCGGCGGACCUGCGGCCGGAUGAAGAAGUGUUUCUCUGUAAAAUCACCCACGAAAUCUUCCGGACCUACGAUGAGUUCUUCGAGAGGACCAUCCUCUGCAACAGCCUAGUGUGGAGCUGCGCGCUCACGGGGCGAGCGGGCCUCACCUACUUGGAGGCGGUGGAGAGCGAGCAGCGCGCGCGGCAGAGCCUGCGCAGCUUUCCUCGGGCGCUGCUGGUGCCCCUCCUCCACCUGGCUGCGAUGAGCCAACGCAGCCGACUGGUGGAGCUUUGCGAGGACGUCUACGGUUUCGUCAAGGACCGCUUUUUUCCCGGGGAGGUGGUGGAAGUCAGCCGGCGCAACGGGGCCAGGCACAUGUGUGAGAUCCUGGAGGUGCACUCGCCUUACUCCAGCGCCAACGGAGUGGCGCCCACCAACGGAGCAACGGGCACCAACGGCCACACCGACCCAUCUCAGGUGGACACCAUCGUCAUCAGUGACAGCGAUGAGGAGGACGACGCCUUCCAGAGUCCCGUCGUACACGUCAAAGGGAAAAAAAAGCCUUUGAGUCCUUCUGUGUUCAAAUACACCGUGAGGAUGAUGAGUGACAAACACAGCGAGCCGUUCACCGUCAAAGCCAAUCAGAUCAGUCGCAGGAAGUCCACUCUGUCCAGAGAGAAGCUGAAGCUGCUCUACAAGCAGCACUGCGAGCCUCAGAGGGGCUUCAUCAUCCUCAAGGCCUCCACCGUUAAGAAGUACCAGCUCUCCGAACAGACCUUCUCCCAGUUCUUCCCCGAUGAGCCCCCCCAGGUCCCGUUCAGCUCUCCCUCCUCCAACGGUGGAGUGUGCGCCUCACCUGGACAGGCGAGUCUGUCGCCUCUUCAGGCUAUGGAGGAGAAGCUGAAGCUGCUGCAGAAGAGGGAGGAGAUGGCUGCUGCUCAGGACAGAGCUCGACUGAAGAAGGAGCGAGAGGGGGCACAGGAGGCCAAGAGGAGAGAACGGGAGGACAAGGACAGGCUUAAGGAGGAGCAGAGGAAAAGGUUUGAGGAGGAGAAGCAGAGGAAGAAAGAGGAGAAGGAGCGCAGGAAGCUGGAAAAGGAGAGGGAACGCGAGAAGCUGAAGGAGGAGAAGAAGAAGUAUGCCCAGAGACUGAAGCUGCUGAGCAAACCCAUAGAGGACAUGGAGUGUGAAGGCCUGAAGGAGCUCCCCAGUCCGGUUCCAGUGAGAACCCGUGUUCCAUCCAACCUCUUUGGAGAAGCUCUGAUGAUUCUGGAGUUCUUGCGGGCUUUCGGCGAAGCUUUUGACCUGAAAGACGAGUUUCCGGACGGCGUCACUCUAGAGGUUCUGGAGGAGGCUCUGGUUGGUUCUGAUCCCGAAGGUCCUCUGUGUGAGCUGCUGUUCUUCUUCCUGACGGCCAUCUUCCAGGCUCUGGAUGAGGAGCAGGAGGAGCUGAAGGAUCAGGCUGAAGACCUGUGGGACGCCCUGGACGACGACUCUGACCCUACCCAGUUGGCGCUGAGCGCCGUGGCCUCGCUGGCCGCGGCCUGGCCUCAGCUGCAUCAGGGCAGCUCCCUCAAGCAGCUGGACCUGGACAGCUGCACGCUCUCGGAGAUCCUGCGCCUGCACAUCCUCGCCUCUGGGGCCGACAGUAACCAUGGCAACGCGAAGUUCCGCUACCAGAAGCAGGGCGGGUUUACGGUGAUGGAUGACCCGUGCGUAGAGCUCCGAUUGGCUGAGCCAGCACUGCUGAAGAAGCUGUCGUCCACCCCGGUGUACGACCUGACAGCAGAGGAAAAGCUUAAGAUCCUGAAGGCUCUGGUGGGGAAACUUCUGACGCUGGCGUCCAGCAGGGAUCUGAUCGAGGACUGCGUGGAGGAGCAGAAAGCCGCGAGGCAGGAGCUGAGGGAGAUCCGGGCGGAGCAGCACCGCAGAGGGAGGGAGGAGGCCGCGCACAGAGUUCGUCUGCGAAAGGAGGAGAAGCUGAGGGAGCAGGAGCUGAGGAUGAAGGAGAAGGAGGAGAAACUCAAGGAGCAGGAGGGUGUGGAGCGCCUUCCACUCAACGGCGAAACGACUGCAGGACACCAGGCUGAGGAUUACAACGGAGAGUUUCCUUCAUCCUCCAAAAAGGAGAUGAAAGCUGAAGGAGAGCAGAAGGAGAACAAACCUCUUCCUCCUCCUACUCUGACUAAAGAGGAGCUGGAGAAGGAGCAGGAGAAGGUCAGAGAGCUGCAGGAGCGGAUUCAGAAAGCGGCGGCCUGCACCUGCUUGCUGCCGCUGGGCCGCGACCGCAUGUACCGCAGGUACUGGAUCCUCCCCUCGGCCUCCGCCCUGUUUGUGGAGGACGACUAUUCUGGCCUGACCGAAGACAUGCUGCAGCCGCGACCGAAGCCGAGCGAGGACGGCGGCACCAAGACGGAGGAGGGAGGGCGUGUCGGUGAAGAAGGGACCACAGAGAGUGCCGCUUCAAGCCCCGCCCCCCCAUCCGGGGAUAUGCUGCCGGUGAACCGGCCCAACGUCUGGUCCUUCUACAGCUCAAUGGAGGCGGUGGAUCAGCUGAUUGAGGCUCUGAACCCCCGAGGUCACAGAGAGAGCAGCCUGAAGGAGGCGCUGCUGCAGGACAGGGAGCGCCUGCAGCAGCUGCUGAGCGCCUGCGACUGCAGCGAGUACACAUGCACAGGUGAGCCCGAAGGGUCCAAAGGAGGUCCAGGUGGUUCUGCAGCAGCGGAGUCCAUGAUGGAGGGCAGACUGAGAGACCUGCUGCUGGACCUGGAGGACCGCGUUCACCAGGGAACUCUGGGAAGCCUGAAGGUGCUGGACAGGCAGGUGUGGCGCGCGGCGCUGGAAGCGGGAAACUACGAGCUACUGGGCUCUGACGGCAGAGAGAGUGUGAGGGUGAACGGGCAGGCGGACGCCACGGAGGGGGACUCUGCACACCUGAGAGCCAGAGACAGGCUGCAGGAGCUGAGGGCGGACGCAUCAACUUCAUGUGGGAUCAGCGGCAGCGGCACCCCUCAGGUUGUCAGCCGUUCGGUUCGAAUCCUGUCCCAGGCCCUCGCCAACAUUGAGCAAGGCAUUGAGCGGCGUUUCCUCAAACCUCCCCUGGGAGAAGAAGACGUCAAGAAAGACCACAAGAUGAAAAAGAGCAAGAAGAAGGAGGAGGACCAGGCCAGUGAUGAUGGCGGCAGCGACAGCGGCCGGGCCGUGAAGACCGUGUUGGAGCGCUGGAGGGAUUCUUUGCAGGCCUGCAGCAGCUUGUCCCAGGUGUUUGUUCACCUGUCCAGUCUGGAGCGGAGCAUCCUGUGGUCCCGCUCCAUCCUCAACGCUCGCUGCCGCAUCUGCAGACGCAAAGGAGACGCAGACAACAUGCUGCUCUGCGACGGCUGCGACCGAGGACACCACACCCACUGUCUGAGGCCCCGCCUCAAGUCUGUUCCAGAGGGGGACUGGUUCUGUCCCGACUGCCGACCCAAACAGCGUUCUAGCCGCAUCCCGUCCAGACAAAGAUCCUCUAUUGAUGAGGAGGAGGACGAAAGCCAGGAAGAGGUGGAGGAAGAUGAUUCUGAGGAGGACGAAGAUUCUGACGAUGAAGAAGACGAUGAGGAAGAAGAGGAGGAAGUAGUUGAAAGUUCUCGAAAGAGCCAGGCCCCGCCCCCAAAAGGAAAGACCCAAUCAGCACCUUCCAAAGCCCAGCAGACCACACCCAAAAGCAGCUCUGUCCCAUCAGGAAAGACCUCCAAGUCCUCGGGGAAGAAGACCACGCCCCCUAAGUCAAAGUCAAACACGUGCAAAGCUCCGCCCCGCUCGGGGAGAACCGGCGCACGUCUGAGCCACGAGAACUCGACCCCAACAAGCAAAGCCAAAACAUCCCCCGACCAAAAGAAGUCGCCGACAGACUCCACCCCACCCAAGCCCUCCAGAGCCAUCCUCUCGCCAGCAGACGCGUCCUCGUCCAGCCGGCGUUCCUCCGGCAGGAACCACGGCGUCCACGAGCUGUCGGCCUGCGAGCAGCUGACCGUGGAGCUGGUCCGACACGAGGACAGCUGGCCCUUCAUGAAGCUGGUGUCCAAAACCCAGGUUCCUGACUACUAUGACAUCAUCAAGAAGCCCAUCGCCCUGAGCACCAUCAGAGAGAAGGUCAACAACUGCCAGUACCAGAGCACAGGUGAAUUCAUCUGCGACGUGGAGCUCAUGUUCUCCAACUGCCUCCAGUACAACCCCCGCCACACCAACGAAGCCAAGGCCGGCGUCCGCCUGCAGCAGUUCUUCCACUCGCAGCUCAGCGGGCUCGGCCUGUUGGAGCGCAGCGCAGCCCCGCCCAGCAAGCGUCCUCGCCACUGAACCACGGCCCUUCAAUGUGGGGGGGCCACUUUUUGGACCCUGGGCAAUCUGUGACUGGUGUUCUUAAGGUCACUUAGCUCCGCCCUUUUUCCCCCUGUUCUGAGGUCAGUCUUAAAGGAAGGAAUCGUCGCUUCAGCAGCCCGCCACGUGGGCCGACGGUCCUGGACACGCCAGGGCCCGGCUCUGCUGCAGAACCUGUCGAACCCUGAGCGGGUUCAGCAGAAAAAGUAACCACUGAAGAACAUUUGCACUGAUGCAACCAGAAGCUGUGAGGUGGCAGGUGUUCACUCAGGGACAAAUCUGUCGACCUGUGAGCUCAGGGCGUCCAGAAAACGGCAGUCCAUGUGAUGGAGGAAGUUUACACAAAAUACCGCCAGAAUAAGAGCUUCUGUUUAAAAAACAAUGACCAACGCUGUCCCUGUACUGAGCCAGAUGGUCAGAUGACCAGAGCAACACAGCUGUGGUCAUGUGACCAGCUCCAGCUGAGUGACGGAGUCUUCCUCAGAGCUGCUGCGUUCUGGUUCAGUCUCAGAAGGUCCGGUUCUGUUUCGUUAUCUCAGGUUCUGUCUGGAUCUUUUCGUUUUGUUUGCUCAGCAACUCCAAUUUAAAUUAAUUAUCAUCCAACUUUUUAAAAUGAGUAUGUCUUGAUGCUGUUAAAACACAUAAUUAUAGAAUUUAUAUAUUUUUCAAGAAAAUACUUUUGUUUUUUUUUGUACUCUGGUUCUACUUUGGUGCCGUGUGUGUUCAGCCGUUUCCGUUCCUAAACUGAAACAUCUCGUUUCCUCGUCAGCCUCAGAGGUGUUAAACCAUGCAUUUGUGCAUAAAUAAAUUCCAGUUUUCAGAACACUUUUGACAAACCAAACCAUUUGUCACAAAAAUUAAAUUAUUUCUGAAAGGCAAAGUUUUGAAAGAGGAACGUCUGAGGUGAAGCUACAGGUGACUCGGCAGCUUCAGUUUCCUCGCUGUACGAUGCAGGCAGGUGAGGUUAAGCCCCUCCUCCCCGCAGUCGUGUCUCUGUUUUGUGGUUGGACGUCAACUGUCGACACUACACUGGAGCCCCUCCCCCUCUCUUAUUUAUUUAGCUGUAGCCCAUCUUUGGGUUUAUUUAUGCCCUCAGCUUCCUCUCAGUUCCACCUGUUUUUGUUUUGAUGUUAAAAUAAAGAGUUUUUGUACUUGC